GUGUAUGUGAGACUCUGACGGGUUCAAAAUGGCGGCGGCGGCUCCUGUAAGAGGACAAAGGCGCAGGAGAGACCUGGAGGAAGAGGAGGAAGACAGCAGCCCUGGAGUGUCCUUCUCACUCUCCUCAGAGGAGUCGGAGAUGGAGCCUGAGGAAGAAAGGAUCCGCUACAGCCAAAGACUGCGUGGCACGAUGAGGCGGCGUUACGAGGAUGAUGGCAUCUCCGAUGAUGAAAUUGAAGGGAAGAGGACAUUUGACCUGGAGGAGAAGCUGUCCACCAACAAGUUCAACUCCACCUUCGUGGUCUUCAUGGAAGGCAAAGACUUCACAGUUGAAUACAUCCAGCGGGGUGGCCUGAGGGACCCUCUCAUCUUCAGGAGCUCUGAUGGCCUGGGGAUAAAGAUGCCAGAUCCGGACUUCAGCGUCAACGAUGUGCGGCUGUGUGUGGGGAGCAGAAGGAUGGUGGAUGUCAUGGAUGUGAACACCCAGAGGGACAUCGAGAUGUCCAUGGCACAGUGGGCACGUUACUAUGAGACACCAGAGGCUGAGAGGGAGAAGCUUUACAAUGUCAUCAGCCUGGAGUUCAGCCACACCAAACUGGAGAACCUGGUGCAGAGACCUGCUACGGUGGAUUUGAUUGACUGGGUUGAUAACAUGUGGCCCAGACACCUGAAGGAGAGUCAGACAGAGUCUACAAAUGCCAUCCUGGAGAUGCAGUAUCCCAAGGUGCAGAAGUACUGUCUGAUGAGUGUCAAGGGCUGCUACACAGAUUUCCACGUGGACUUUGGUGGAACUUCUGUGUGGUACCACAUCCACCGAGGGGGAAAGAUCUUCUGGCUGAUCCCUCCUACGCCCCAGAACCUGGAGCUCUAUGAAAACUGGCUUCUCUCAGGGAAGCAGGGAGACAUUUUCCUUGGGGAUAGAGUGUCCGAGUGCCAGCGCAUCGAGCUCAAGCAGGGCUACACAUUUGUCAUCCCCUCAGGUUGGAUCCAUGCUGUGUACACUCCCAUGGACACGCUGGUUUUUGGAGGCAACUUCUUACACAGCUUCAACAUCCCUAUGCAGCUCCGGAUCUACAGCAUCGAAGACCGCACACGGGUUCCAAAUAAGUUUCGUUAUCCCUUCUAUUACGAGAUGUGUUGGUACGUGCUGGAGCGUUACGUCUACUGCAUCACCAGCCGCUCCCACCUCACCAAGGACUUCCAGAAGGAAUCUCUCAGUAUGGAUAUGGAGCUGAGCUCCUCGGACUCGGUGAACAUGGAAGAGGAGGAGGAGGAGGAAGAUGAUGAGGAUGCAGCAGGGAAGGAGCCCAGGCGACCGGUCACCAGGAGGUCCAUUCUCACCAGCCCCAUAGCCAACGGUGCCAAUGUGGACUAUGAUGAACUGGGCAAGAGCUGCAGGAGCAGCCUGCCGGGGCUGAAGAAGACCCCAUCUAUAGACUCUUCCGACUCCAGCCGGGGCUCCCAAAACGGCCAGGCCUGGGAGCCGGCGGGUGGCAGCCCCCGCAAGACCCGCAGGGUGCACCUGACCCAGUUUGAGCUGGAGGGGCUGCGCUGCCUGGUGGACAAACUGGAGUCCCUCCCUCUGCACAAGAAGUGUGUUCCCACCGGCAUCGAGGACGAGGACGCCCUGAUCGCCGACGUCAAGCUGCUGCUAGAAGAAUACGCCAACAGCGAUCCCAAACUGGCACUUACAGGCGUCCCCAUCGUCCAGUGGCCCAAGAGAGACAAGCUAAAGCUCCAGGCCCGGCUGAGGGUGCGCCUGCCCACCAUCCCCAUCACCAAGCCACACACCAUGAAGCCAGCCCCCCGCCCGACCCCCGUCAGGUCCACGGUGUCCCCCAUCGUGUCCGGCGCCAGGCGGAGGCGGGUGCGGUGCCGGAAAUGCAAGGCCUGCAUGCAGGGAGAGUGUGGCAUGUGCCACUACUGCAGGGACAUGAAGAAGUUUGGUGGGCCUGGCCGCAUGAAGCAGUCCUGCGUCCUCCGGCAGUGCUUAGCGCCCAGGCUGCCUCACUCGGUCACGUGUGCACUUUGUGGGGAGGUGGAUCAGAACGAGGACUCGCAGGACUUUGAGAAGAAGCUCAUGGAGUGCUGUAUCUGCAACGAGAUUGUUCACCCUGGCUGCCUGCAGAUGGAUGGGGAAGGGCUGCUCAAUGACGAGCUCCCCAACUGCUGGGAGUGCCCCAAAUGCUACCAGGGUGACGACGCAGAGAAGGGCCAGAAGCGGAAGGUGGAGGAGAGCGACGACGACACGGCGCAAGCCAAGGUGCUGCGGCCCCUGCGGAGCUGCGAGGAGCCCCUCACCCCCCCACCCAACUCUCCCACCCCCAUGCUGCAGCUGAUCCACGACCCCGCCUCCCCCCGGGGCGUGGUGACACGCUCAUCCCCCGGAGCCGGCCCCAGCGACCACCACAGCGCCAGCAGAGACGAACGCUUCAAGCGGCGGCAGCUGCUGCGGCUCCAGGCCACCGAGAGGACCAUGGUGAGGGAGAAGGAGAACAACCCCAGCGGCAAGAAGGAGCUGUCGGAGGUGGAGAAGGCCAAGCUGCACGGCUCCUACCUCACCGUGACCCUCCAACGCCCCACCAAAGACGUCCACGGCACUUCUAUCGUCCCCAAGCUGCAAGCCAUCACCGCCUCCUCCGCCAACCUGCAGCACUCCCCUCGCCUGGUCAUGCGUCACCCACCCGCCAGGAUCCCCCUGCGGGGCGGGGGGGAGGAGGAGGCAGCUGCCGAGGAGGAGGAGGAGGAAGAGGAGGAGGAGGAGGAAGAGAACACCGAGGAAGGAGGGGAGGCCCGGCUGAACGGGCGAGGGGCCCGGGUGCAGGAGGGCGAGGAGAGCUGGAUGCAGCGCGAGGUCUGGAUGUCCGUCUUCCGCUACCUCACUCGCAGGGAGCUCUGCGAGUGCAUGCGGGUGUGCAAGACCUGGUACAAGUGGUGCUGUGACAAGAGAUUGUGGACAAAGAUAGAUUUGAGCAGGUGCAAGUCCAUCACCCCGCAGGCGCUGAGCGGCAUCAUCAAAAGACAACCAGUUAGCCUUGACCUCAGCUGGACCAAUAUCUCCAAAAAACAGCUCACGUGGCUUGUCAACAGGCUGCCAGGCCUGAAAGACCUCAUCUUAGCGGGCUGUUCCUGGUCUGCAGUCUGUGCUCUCAGUACCUCCAGCUGCCCCCUUCUCAGGACCCUCGAUCUUCGGUGGGCAGUAGGAAUCAAGGACCCUCAGAUCCGGGAUUUACUCACGCCCCCGACAGACAAACCCAGUCAGGACAAUCGCAGCAAACUCCGCAACAUGAUCGAUUUCCGGCUCGCCGGCCUGGACAUCACGGACGCCACCCUGCGCCUCAUCAUCCGCCACAUGCCCCUGCUCUCCCGCCUCGACCUCAGCCACUGCAACCACCUCACGGACCAGUCAGCCAACCUCCUCACGGCCGUGGGCUCCUCCACACGCAACUCCCUCACCGAGCUCAACAUGGCAGGCUGCAAUAAGCUGACGGACCAGGCCUUGCUCUACCUGCGCCGCAUCUCCAACGUCACUCUCAUCGACCUGCGAGGUUGCAAACAGAUCACCCGCAAAGCCUGUGAGCACUUCAUCUCGGACCUGUCCAUCAACAGCCUCUACUGCCUGUCUGAUGAGAAGCUGAUCCAAAAAAUCAGCUAGAGACCCUCCCCGGGGUAGACUGAGGAGAAGGAAAAGAACCCAUCCCAACCCUUUUUGGAGAGCCGCUCCUCCACAUCCCCACCUUUGCCCUCCGUCUCCUGCCGUUGCCUCCCACCUGGCUCGGCAGGCAGGGCCGCUGCUGGCCUCGCUCCACCGUCCUUCCUCCUCCUCCUCCUCCCCCGGGACUUCUGCUGAUGAAGAUGUCCCGCCAGGCUGGCCAGUACCAGAGGAGGAACGGGCCAAAACAACAACCCACAUGGCAGGGGAGCCUGUGCCCGGGGGCUGGCCGCUCCCUCGGCGGAGGCUGUACUGGAGAUCUCUACGCAGAGAAAUGGGGCACCCUCUUUCCCCCUCCCCCAGCUUUUCCCCCCCCUGUUUCCUCCUCGUCGUCUCCCUCGCCUCCAAAACACUCGUCGCUUCCCCGUUAGCACAAAAAGCUUCUGAGGGUCAAGGUCUCUCCAAGGAAAGCAGGAGCAGAGCUGGAACAAACUCCCCACACACACACACCCCCCUUUGCUCUGUGCCACCAGCUCAGCACCCACCCUGUGCUCUCAGCUCCCUUCACCCUCUCCCUCAUCUGGCUGCAGGGGCUGGGAUUGACCCCCCCACACACCUCCUUGAACCCCCCACCUCCUCAACACCCCCUUUUCCAACAGCUCCCAUGGAUCCAAGUGGCUCUUUCUGUGGCUCCAGCCCCACGCUGGCCAGGAGCCCCUUGGGGCUUUGUGGCCUGCCCAGGGAAUUAAGGCUGGGGUGGUUUUUUUUUGGGGGGGGGAGGGUGGCAGGGGUGUGGGGGUGACAAGGCACUUCCACUCUGGACUUCAUGUAUCCCCUCGGGCACCAUUUGGGAGCAGGGGAGAACCCCCCCCAAGUUACAGCAGAGCUCAGGGAGGACUCAGCAUCAGCCAGGGGUGAGUGAGUAUGGGGAGGGGGCUAAGGGUUUGGGGGGGAGGGGGACACACCCAGGAGCUGCCUCCUCUUCCUCCCCAGCUCCCCACAGCAUCAUGAAGCACUCGAUGGGGGGGUUGAGGAGGAAGGGGGGGUGUGGGGGAGUGACUGUGGUGGCCUGUGGUGGGGGUGGCCUUGGGACCGAAGUGGCACCCACUGCCUUGUCCUCUCCUUCAAACCGACCCACCCCCCAAACCCUCCCCUCCCAACCCCCCCCCCCCCCAACUUUUUUAGCUGCCUUGUUUUCCUUUGCAAUGAAUGGUCGGUCCAAAGAACCUCUCUCUAGGGCAGCAGAGAGCUUUUUGCACUUUAAAAAACAAAAAACCCCACAAAAACGACAAAAAAAAAACCCCGAAAACCACCAACAAAAAAACCCCCCACCCUAAAGAAAAGGCUAAAAAAAAAGAAAAAAGGCCAAAAAAGGAGAGAAGAAAAAAAAAGGUUGGAAAUUUUUUUUUUUGCAGGGGGGGUGUCACUAUUUUAUUUCCCUUCCAGACACUUCCCAGCUCUUCCCUGGUGUCAGGACAUCACUUUUCCACACACCCCCCCCCCCCAUCAAUGUGUUGUCCCCCAGCAGCACCUAUAGCACAAACCAGCCCACCCUGUGCCACCAUCGGUCCCCAACCCUCCAAGGGGGGGUCCCCCAGAGUUUGGGGGGGGGGGAGGGUGGGACACUCGGGUUCCCUGCAGGGUUGGGGGGGGGGUUGCAGCCCCCUCCCCCCACUGCUGCUUCAGAAGCAAUAAGGGAGGAGAGAUCAGACCCCCAGGAGCCAGGGGGGUGAGGGGACAUGGGGACAAGGGAAACCUGUGACAGUGGAUCCCGUGGGAUUGGAGCAGAAAAAUAAACACACACCCCCCCUGGGGUGAGAGGAGAGAGUGGAGAGGCAGGUCCUGGAGUCCUCUUGGUUGGUGGCUCCAGGGAAAAGACGGAAUCAAGAACAUGGUUGGUUGUUUUGGUUUGGUUUUUUUUUUGGAAGGGGGGGGGGUUGAUUUCUUUUUCAUUUUUCUUUGUUUUGUUUGUUGACUUUUUCCAGAAGAAAAUCAAAUUUCAGCAAAAAAAGAAGCUGGGGUAAGAGCUUAAAGAGGGUGGGUUCCCUGCGUCAUGGUCCCUUUGAGGGGACACACACACACACACACAACAAUGAGCCCUCCCUGCUGUCACGUCUGUGUGUGAGUGAGCGUGUGUGUGAGCGUGUGUGUGUGUGUGUGUGUGUGUGUGUCACCCCAGGCCUCAAAACCUGGGGUUGAAAAUCCACAAGGAAUUAAAAAGAGAGAAUUCUAUAUAUAUAAAAAAAUCACUUAGUGAUUUAAAAAAAAACAACAAAAACAACACAACAAAAUGACCCAGCCUGCUCCCUAAAGGCAACUCCUGCAAGAAAAUUCACUAUUGUUUCAAGGGUUUGGUUGUGGUUUUGUUUCGUUUCAUUUCCCUCCACCCCCCCUCUUCUUUGCCCCCCCCCCCCUUUUUUCCCUGCCCCCCCCCCGGAGAAAUAUUGUAAAUAUCUAUUUUUUUGUUGGCGAUUUAGAGUCCAUCUCUGAUGUUUGUGCUUUAAAAUUAAAUGUAAGCAUUAAGGGUAAAAACAAA